AUGAUGCAACCCCUUUACAUCAUCUCUGCAAACAACACCAACAACAACCACAACCAUCCGAUACACACCACUGUUGCCACAAACACCACAGCGCCAGAAAAUUCAAUCCAAGCUGUUCCCAUCACGACGAGAGAAUUACAACAACAUCAGCCACAAUCCUUACAUCAAAGUAUUCCGUCAUCUUCUUCACAUGCUGCUUCGUUACAUGAGAUGCCUCCUUCUCCAUUAUUUGAAAUACUCGCUCCUCAUGUAGAACCUGUUUUUCUCAAAUUGAAUUCCUUGAUUGAAGCUGUGCAUGUCAAGUAUGGUCUAUACAAAUUAGAAUCCUUGUUGAAUGUACUCUCUGUGUGUCUGAUCACUAUAUUUUGUGUCUUGUUGAUGCAAAGUCUCUAUCGAACGCCUGUGUGGAUUAUAUGUUUGGGCUUUUUGGGAAUUAUGUGUGGGUGGAUUGCCAUGUGGUGUCAGGAUCCACUCUUGAUGGUUUUAUAUUCAAGCUUGAAUGCAGUUGGUUUGGUGUAUUGUUCGACCGUAUUGGAUUAUGGAUAUGCUGCAGUGGGUGUGUCGUUUGGUAUCUUGUUGGUUGCGCAAUUUAAGAGUGUACAUUUGGCUCUGCAUUAUUUCAGAAAGAGAAUGCUUAGAAAGGAGCAAAUCAUUCAAGAACUGAGUCAAGAGAUUGUAUAG